GUGAGAGGGACGAGACACGAGAGGGACCCGGAUGUUGAUCAGCGCGUCGUUAGUGCGCAGCUGCAGGCCGGACUGACUGAGGAAGGGAGCAGCAGUUCAUGGAAGACAGUCAAUGUAAGACAGGAGACAGCGGUCAUCAGGAGGGCGCUGAAGACAGCACAAGAGAAUCAGCCUCCCCCUGUCCUGUUUUCGGGGGUUGGUCGGAGGCCCCUGAGGGAGGGAAGGAUGCCAAUUGGAGCGCUGUGGCCGACGGACAGCCCCCCUCCACGGUGCCGCCGCGAUACAUGCCCCGUGAGGUGCCGCCGCGCUUCCGCAACCAGCAGGAACCCAAAGUGCUACUGAAAAGGGGCCAGCCGCCACUGUCCUGCAUGCUGCUGGGAGGCGCAAGUGGAGGGGACGCCUCGCCCCGACUUCCCCUGCAGGAGCACUCUGACGCCUCAGAUUCUACGGUAGAUUCAGUUUCUCUGCACUCAUCAUCUGACGCCUCCGCCACUCCCACUUAUGCAAAUUACACAUGGGGGCGGGGCUCAGGAGGUCAAGCCUCGUCUCAGGGAAUGGACAAGGACAGUUCUGAUGUAGAGAAAUGGCCAAGACCAGAAGACUCAUGGAAUAGUGACCAGACCCUACAUUCUGCCAGGUUGGGGAUGGAUGAGUCCGCUGACCUGCAAAUGGACAGUUCUUCUAAACUCUCUGAACAUGCCGAAGACAGUGCAUCUUCACAGUCUGAGAAUAAAGAAAGCAUUAAAGGAGUGAUUCAGAACUUUAGCUCCAAGGUCUCUCCGCUUUCUGGAGAUCAGGAGGACACUCAAGGUCUAAACCCAAAUUAUACCCCUGUUGGAGAUCUCUCAACCAACACUGCCUCUGAGGAGUCUUCUCCCACACCCUUGAGUCCAGCCCAUCCACUCUACCAGACACUCCUCAAAAGAGAAGAGCCUGUUACAGGAGAUUGGGCAAAGCCUGGACCAAAUGGUGGUGCAGCUUCCAGCAUGGAUUUGUGGGGUACCAUAGAGAAUCCUGCUGUGAAGAGCAAUGGUGGAAGUAGUGGAGAUGGCACCUCUCAGGGAGUGUGGGAUGGAGAUGCGGUAGGUUCAUACAAACAGGCAGCUACAGGACAGACCUCAGACUUUGCAGUUGGUAAAUCAAAAGAGGAUAUGAGCGAGGAGGUAAGCGCAGAAAGUUUACACAAAUCUCCAGUGUUUGGAAACAAUGUGGCUUCAGGAGACGACAAUCAGAAAGUAGCUGAUGCUUGCGAUGGGUCCAAGGGUAAAUCGGCUAGCAGUGAGGAUGCUCAAAAUCUGGUCCAAAGCCCCUCCAAAUGUCACCCAGAAGAAGCCUUACAGAGCAUGAUCAAUCACACUAACCUGGAUCCCAAAGUGCUGUGCAACACCGGAUGGGGCAAGACUCAGAUCAAGCAGAACGUUGCGUGGGAUUUUGAGGCAGAUGUGGGCAAUGUUGGCUGGGAUGCGGAGGUGAACACCGAACGCAGUAAGGAAGGCUGGCAGGAAGCGGGUGAUCUUUCCAACUCUAAAAUGCAGAAGCAGGAGGUUGGGCACAUGGGUAGGGCUCAAGGGUGGACCGAGCGUGGAGAAAUGAGCAUCGGGACUGGUCACAAAGCGGGUGGCUGGGGGGAAGACCAAGAAGGUGCAUCUAGGAGGGAAGGAACAGGUUGGAGCCAAGGUGGCGGAAAAGAGUGGACCCCAGUGCCUGAAGCUGGAGGCUGGAAGGAAGAGAAAGGCACGAAUCAGAAUGAAGGAUUGUGGGGCAGCCCUGAAGAUUCGGGACCGCGGAGUGGUGGCUGGGAUUGUAAAACCCACCAGGGAUGGGGCGAGAAACUUCUUCCAUCACAGAUACCAAACAAACAAGCAGCACUUAAAACCCAAAAUCAACAACCGCAGCAGCAAUCGCAAACCCAGCAGCAGAUGCCGGGAUAUCCAAAAGUCGUACAGGACCGUGGUCGUACAGGAGAGAACGAUGAGCAGAGUAAAGGCUCGGGGUGGAGCUGUGGGCCCAUCCCUCAGAUUGCUUCAGCUGGUGAGCCGAGCGGGUGGGAUGAGCCCUCGCCUCAGUCCAUCAGUCGGAAGAUGGACAUUGACGACGGCACCUCUGCAUGGGGGGAUCCGUCACGAUACAGCAGCAAGAACGUCAAUCUGUGGGAUAAGAACAGCUCGCAGCCCCAACAGCAGUCCUCUGGAAGACCGGCUGGAACUCCAUCUAAAAACUCUGGUCCUGCAAUAUGGACACGCAGCAGUGGCCCCUCCGACUCGUCCAUGGAAAGCGGUCCUGCUCCCUGGGUUAAACCAUUCGAUGGGUCAUCUGGCUGGGGGGAAUCCAGUGAACCUGGGAAAGGCGGAUGGGGAAACUCGCAUUCCCAUCCUAAUAAGACUGGUUCUAAGUCUAUGCAAGAGGGCUGGGGUGACGAAGGCUCGAAUUCCUCCCGACACUCCAGCUGGGAGGAGGAGGAUGGAGGAGUCUGGGGCGGUCGGGGGUCCCAGAGCAACAUGUCCAGCUCAUACAGCUCCGGCGGCUGGGGCCAAAGCCAGGGGUCCAGGAGGCUCAGCUCUAAGAGCCCUCUUAAAGGUAACAGUGGAGACUCGUGGGUUUCUCCUGUAUCUCGGCAGUUCUCAAACAUGGGCGUUACGGAUGACGACUCCAGCAUGGGUCACGAUAAUAGACAUGACAGGAGAGGCAUGAGUGAUGGAGAGAUGCGGAGAGGAGGCAGGACUGGAGGAGCUUUCCGCUCGCAGACUGCCAAAGAGACGGGCUGUGGAGAGAGUGGACCCUACCUGGACAAGGUUGGAGGUCAUGGUAUGUUUGGCGGUGGGAUUCCUCCAAUGAGGGGGAUGCAUCAGGCCGGUGUGCACCCAUUAAACCCCUCCCCUGGCAUACGAGCACAAGUGCCUCAUCAGUUCCUGCCUCCUCAGGUUCCAGGGCCGAUGCUGAAGCCAAUGGCGCCCCCUAGCGGAGGCAUGUUUCCUCCUCAGCUGUCCCCUCAGCACAUCGCCAUGCUCGGCGGCAUUAAUCCACACAUGCAGCAGUUCCAGCUGGCCUGUCAGCUCCUCCUGCAACAACAACAACAACAGCAGCAGCAGUUUCUGAAUCAGAGGAAGUUUUCUCCUCCUCUAAGACAACAGCACGACCCGCAGCAGUUGGCGCGGAUCAUGGCGAUCCUCCAGCAGCAGCAGCAGCAGCAGGGUGUUGUGGGACCCAAGCUCUCUCCGUCUCCUUUGGGUGCACACAUCCCCAAACACCCCGACACACACCUGCAUCACCUGGGCCUGAACACACACAAACCCCCCGAAGCAGCAGUGCACGCAGCCAUCGGAGUAUCAGAACUACACAACAAAGCCCCUGCUGCGUACACUGGAGCAGUUAAGCUGCCCGAUGGCUCCUCGUUCUCUCAGUAUGAUGUGUUGGGCAGCGGUUGGCACCGCAGUGCAGCAGGGAAGGUGGACGCGCCUCCUGCAAACCCCAGCUGGCCUCCAGAGUUUCAGCCGGGCGUCCCGUGGAAAGGCCUCCCGAGCCAUGAAUCUGACCCUGACCCCUACAUGACCCCUGCGGGAAUGCUGGGAUCCUCCCUGCUCAGCGACACUGAACAUCACCUGCUGCAGGACAACACGGGGUCAAACUCUGUGAACACCUGUAUGCCUUCACCUGGUGCCUGGCCGUACAGUGCCUCAGAUCCCCCCCUCACUGCACACGGCACAGCUAAAUACACGGAGCUGAAGUCCAGUUGGCCGCCGGAGCCCAUUGGACACAGCAAAUCAUGGCGGACCAAUCGCAACGCUUCUCAGAUGCCCCGCCCCCCUCCGGGCCUGAGCUCUCAGAAGCAGCCGUGGGUGGAGGAGGGGCCUCGCAUGGCCAGGGCAUGGGGAGGCGGAGCCAGCGGCACGGACACGCCCUUUAAAUCAGAGUGGAGUGAUGGAGGAGCGUCAGCCGGGAAAUCAUGGCUGCUGCUCAGAAACCUCACACCACAGAUCGACGGCUCGACCCUGAGGACGAUCUGUCUUCAGCAUGGCCCUCUGUUGACCUUUCACCUCGGCCUGACCCAGGGCAGCGCUCUGAUUCGCUACUGCAGCCCGCAUGAGGCCGCAAAAGCCCAGAGCGCCCUGCACAUGUGCGUUCUGGGAAACACCACCAUCCUGGCCGAGUUCAUGAGCGAGGAGGACGUCAUCCGCUACUUCACACAUUCCCAGGCCGCAGGGGUGGCGGGGUCACCGGAGGUUUCCCCCGGAUCCGACUCCAGAGAGGGCGAGCGGGCGCCAGGCGUACCAGAUGGAGACGCGCCUGUGGGAUGGCAAGGGCUGGAUGGAGCGCCCGGAUCAACAGUGGAAGUGCCAGGACUCGCCAUCCUCAGCCAAUGGAGCAACAACGCCGGCGAGGGGGCGGGGAAAGGAGUCUGGGGGGGCGUGGCUCCCGGAUACCACGGCAGCAGUCUAUGGGGUGCCCCUCAGUUAGAGGAUGGCACGGCUGGCUUGUUGCCGGGCAACCUGCUCGGGGGCGGGACAGACAGUUUGUGAUUGGCAGCUGUCAAUCAUGGAGUGAGUGGUACGCAGAUUUUCAAGUGUGUCAAAGCGGUGUCAGACUGCAAAAAUAAUGAUCUUUCCCAACAUCUGGAAGCCCAAUGUGAACACGAGAGACGGCCAGCCUAGGAAACAUUUCAGUUUCAGAUAGAAGCUCUGCAAAAAUGAUUAAGCCUUUAGGAGUUCUGCCUUGUGACUUUAUUUAUUAAGACUUGUCUAACCCACAGUACUGUGGAGUAUUAGUGUAGACUCACUGUUUUAUUUACAUUUCAUUUUAACUAUACACACACACACACACACACACACACACACACACACACACACACACACACACGUGCACAGACUUUAACUAACAUUGUGUUUUGUUUUGAAUUGUCCUGGAAAUAAUGUCACAAGGCAGAAGACGUGUGUAUAAAUGACAUAUCUCUAUGUAAAUCUAGACUUCUUAAUAAGGUGUAUGUAGUUCUGAGUGACAGUUACCAAAAACAAGCACGCGUGGCUUCUGUGUGUGUCCUCAUUAUUUUUGCAGUUGCUUCUGUUGACACACUGCAGCUUUAAGACACUCACAUUCAGAGAGCUACAUUUCCACACAAACACUGGACGUUUCGACAGGCUUUUAUAUCCAGUCAGAUAUUAAACACACACACACACACACACACAGAUGCAGUGUGAGCGCCGCAGGCAUUCGCUUACAGACAUUCUGAUCAUUGCCAGAGUUAAGCUAUCAUGUAUUUGAAUGCAGGGACUGUUCCUAAAGGCCUUCUUUCACUCUCACACACACACACACACACACACACACACUCUCGCACUGCUCAACUUGAACAACUGAUGUAAAGCUGAUGUUAGGCUGGCACAUGCAGACACUGUUUGAUGCUUCGACUGAUUUAAUUCAAGUGCAAGAGCAUCUGAAACCUGUAGAUGAGGGAGGAUCUCUUAAAAACACACACAGGGCACGCGUUUCACUCCUGAAUCACUAAUCUGCACUACCAAAGCAGUUUUAGGACUAAUUUUAAUAUUGUUUUAAUGAUAACUCGCACGUGAAAUGUGAUUCUUAAAGGGACAGUUCACCCAAAAAUAAAAUGUGAUCAGUAUUUACAUGCACACAAACUGAUUAUACAGGCAAGCCGGAAAUUAUUCAUACUUCUGGCUAAUCCUGACUACUUUAAUCCAACUAGUAAGUGUUUUUAUGGCUUGUAAAUGACACCGGUUUAUCCUAAAAGAUAAUAAGGUGAUGUACAAGAGGCUUCAUUGUGAAAACAUAUAUAUAUUUCUCAGCUUUUGUUUACAUUUGAAUCAAAACUUUAAGUCAGAAUUUGCCUUGGCGUAUAAAUAAUCUCAGGUUUGACUGUAUA